AUUUGAUCCCAAACUGUUUACAUAUGUCUUACUAAUGGCUGUAAUACUGGGAGGCAUUCCUCCGACGAUUGCCGUCGAAGUAGUAGAAGACAGAGAAUCAAAAGUCAAGAAUUUAUUACGAGUUUGUGGUUUAACUCUUAAACAGUAUUGGUUCACAACAUUAGUCUGUCAUCUGAUUAUGUUUGCCAUAUCCGUACUUCUGAUACUAAUAGUCACAGUAUUCGUACUGAACAUAGAGUUCCUCCAGAAUUCCGAGGCCAGGGUCUGUGUAUUUAUACUAUUCAUCCUAUUUAUGCCCUCAUCUCUCAUCACUUGUUACGUGUGGACCCAUAUGUUCAACAAAAAAGAGACCGCGAGGGGUGUCCUAACCAUUCUCUGCUAUUUGCCGGGUAUGGUUCUGAUUAUGGUCGUGGCACUAGUAUCGCCCAAUAAUGCAGACACUGCCAAACUAUUACAUUACAUAUUUUGCUUCCUAACCCCCUUCUAUAUACCUCAAGGGGCCCUCCUAUACAUUUCAGUAACAUCCAAUUUAAUUAAGAUCUCAUCCGUGGCGGACAUUGGCAUCAAAAAUAUCUCGUAUUUCGAUUGGAAUCAAAAUAUUGACAUUUGUUUUAUUGCUUUGAUAUUCCAUAUGAUAUUCUACUCAAUAUUGUUACUAAUUGUGGAUAAACUAAAAUCCGGCGAAAGUAUAAUGAGUUCAUUGGGUUUCGACGGCUCGAAGACAAACAUCACAUCAAUUCCCUCUGAACUCGAGGACGAAGACGUGCGACAAGAGAGGGCUGAUGUCCAGCAGUACUUACACAAUGGCUUUCAAGAGAGAACACCGAUUGUCUUACUGAACGAAUUGCAUAAGAAGUACUCGGAGACUAAUCUCUUUGAUUGCUUUAAGAAGAAUAAGAAACCGGCGAAGACUGCCGUCCAGAACAUGAGUCUACUGCUAGAAUCGGGUCAUAUAUUCGGACUCCUGGGACCCAACGGCGCCGGGAAGACGACGACAAUGAAGAUAAUGAUUUGCGAAGAGAUACAAACCGCCGGAAACUUUAUGAUCAGUGGCCACAAAGUGAAAGCUUCCGACUCGGAUGUGUUCAAAUUGAUUGGUUAUUGUCCACAACACGACGCCCUCUGGAAGGAGAUUACCGUCAAAGAGCACAUGAGUCUGAUCGCAGCUAUUCGUGGUAUUCCCGACGAUCGGAUCCAAAGGAUUUGCGAGAAUUAUAUCGAAAACAUGAGAAUUACUGAACACAAGGAUAAGAAGAGUCAAGAGUUGUCCGGAGGAACCAAACGGAAAACCAUUCUGUCAGCCUUUGAACGCAACACAAACCGGUCGGCAGUGUUGACCACCCACUCGAUGGAGGAGGCGGACGCCCUGUGCACCCGACUCGGCAUUAUGAUCAAGGGUGUCAUGAGGUGUGUGGGCUCACUGCAACACCUCAAGAAUAAGUACGGCGCCGGCUAUAUGCUGGAGAUCAAGUGGACGCACGGCGCCGGCAGUGACGCCAACUUUGGGCCCAAACUGAAGCAAACGAUUGAAUCGUUUUUUGUGCAUUUGGUGGCCAAAGAGGAGUACAAUAAUCGACUCAUUUUCGAUGUCCCGCAACAGUCGGUGAAGUCGUUGUCGAAGAUAUUCGGGUUUCUCGAGGGGUUGAGACAAUCGACGCCAGAGAUCGAGGAGUACAGCUUCAGUCAGAAAACCAUUGAACAGAUUUUCAUCGAUUUCGCCAAACAGCAGGACAUCGAUGAAUGA